CCAAACGUCACGUGGCCCAACUUUCCGCGCGAAAAACUUUCCUCGGCUGCUAGCGUGCUGAGAGGACGGGAGGAAGAGACGAGCUGCCGCUGCGGAACGGUUCCUCACUUUGCGCUUUCUCAAAGUCUUUUUGCCUGCAGUUUUGAAGGCGUUGCGUCAUGGACGUUGCCACAGCGACCGCGGAGAAUGCCGGGACCACCGUGAAGGACGAGCUGGCCGAAAAGUGCCAGAAGUUAUUCCAGGCCUUCUUGGAGGAGUUUCAGACCGGGGACGGGGAGGUGAAGUACGUGCGGGAGGCCGAGGAGCUGAUCAGGCCCGAGAGGAACACCCUGCUGGUGAGCUUCCUGGACCUGGAGGGCUUCAACCAGGAACUGGCCACCACCAUCCAGGAGGAGUACUACAGGGUGUAUCCCUUCCUCUGCCGGGCUGUUCGCAACUUUGCCCGGGAUCACGGGAACGUUCCCCUCAACAAAGAGUUCUACGUGGCCAUUGAGGAUCUGCCCACCAGACACAAGAUCCGGGAGCUGUCCUCCAUGCGCAUCGGCGCCCUGGUGAAGAUCAGCGGUCAGGUGGUGAGGACGCACCCAGUCCACCCUGAGCUGGUGAGCGGCACCUUCCUGUGCAUGGACUGCCAGGCGGUGAUCAAAGACGUCCCUCAGCAGUUCAAAUACUCCCCGCCGACCAUCUGCAGGAACCCCGUCUGCAACAACCGCUCCCGCUUCCACCUGGACACGCACAAGUCCAAGUUCAUCGACUUCCAGAAGGUGCGGAUCCAGGAGACGCAGGCGGAGCUGCCCCGAGGCUCCAUCCCGCGCUCGCUGGAGAUCAUCCUGAGGGCAGAGGCCGUGGAGACGGCUCAGGCCGGAGACCGCUGCGACUUCACGGGGACCCUCAUCGUCGUGCCGGACGUCUCCCAGCUCAGCACUCCUGGCGUGCGAGCUGAGACCAGCACCCGCGUCCCUGGACGCCCUCAGGGGUUGGAGUCGGAGGGGCUGAGAGGACUGAAGGCUCUGGGAGUGAGAGAGUUGUCAUACAGACUGGCCUUCCUGGCCUGCAACGUGGCGCCGACUAACCCACGAUUCGGAGGGAAGGAGCUGCGUGACGAGGAGCAAACGGCCGAAAGCAUCAAGAGCCAGAUGACGGAGAAGGAGUGGGAGAAAGUGUUUGAGAUGAGCCAGGACAAGAACCUGUACCACAACCUGUGCACCAGCCUCUUCCCCACCAUCCACGGGAACGACGAGGUGAAGCGCGGCAUCCUGCUCAUGCUGUUCGGAGGCGUUCCCAAGACCACCAUGGAGGGAACCUCGCUGAGGGGAGACGUCAACGUUUGCAUCGUCGGAGACCCGAGUACCGCCAAGAGCCAGUUCCUCAAGCAUGUGGAGGAGUUCAGUCCCAGAGCGGUGUACACCAGCGGCAAGGCCAGCAGCGCCGCAGGUCUGACCGCCGCGGUGGUCCGCGACGAGGAGUCCCACGAGUUCGUGAUCGAGGCCGGAGCUCUGAUGCUGGCCGACAACGGCGUGUGCUGCAUCGACGAGUUCGACAAGAUGGACCAGAAGGAUCAGGUGGCCAUCCAUGAAGCCAUGGAGCAGCAGACCAUCAGCAUCACCAAGGCCGGAGUCAAGGCCACCCUGAACGCCCGCACCUCCAUCCUGGCCGCCGCCAACCCCGUCAGCGGGCGCUACGACCGCAGCAAGAGCCUGAAGCAGAACGUCAACCUGACGGCCCCCAUCAUGAGCCGCUUCGACCUCUUCUUCAUCCUGGUGGACGAAUGCAACGAGGUCACAGAUUACGCCAUCGCCAGGCGCAUUGUGGACCUGCACUCCCGCGUGGAGGAGUCUGUGGACAGGCUCUACUCUCUGGACGAGAUCCGCAGAUACCUGCUCUUCGCCCGGCAGUUCAAGCCCAAGAUCUCCAGCGAAUCGGAGGAGUUCAUUGUGGAGCAGUACAAGCGUCUCCGCCAGCGCGACGGCUCCGGCAGCGUCUCCAAGUCCGCCUGGAGGAUCACGGUGCGGCAGCUGGAGAGCAUGAUCCGCCUCUCGGAGGCCAUGGCGCGCAUGCACUGCUGCGACGAGGUGCAGCCCAAACACGUGAAGGAAGCGUUCCGUCUUCUGAACAAGUCCAUCAUCAGGGUGGAGACGCCGGACAUCAACCUGGAGCAGGAGGAAGAGAUGGAGGAAGAGCCCCAGCAGGAGGACGGCAACGACGUCCCAAACGGCGUCAACGGCCACGUGAACGGAGACGUCGACGGCGUGAACGGACACGCGGAGCUGGGCGCGCAGCCCAGGCCGUCUCUUCGCCUGUCGUUCGCCGAGUACAAGCGCAUCUCCAACCUGCUGGUCCUGCAUCUGCGCAGAGCCGAGGACGCUGAAGAAGAGGAGGAGCUGAAGAAGACUGCGGUGGUUAACUGGUAUCUGAAAGAGAUCGAGUCGGAGAUCGACUCCGAGGAAGAACUCAUCAACAGGAAGGGGCUGAUAGAGAAGGUCAUUCACCGCCUGGUCCACUACGACCACAUCCUGAUCGAGUUGUCUCAGGCAGGGCUGAGUGGUUCAGAGUCCGAGAGCCCGGAAGGAGAAAGCGUCCUGGUUGUCAACCCCAACUACAUCCUGGAGGACUGAACGCUGAGGGACGCGUCUUCCCUCUGGACGGAGGGUUCCAGAUGUUUUGAGUUUAUCUCUGUUGUACAAAGAUUCAAUUUUUGACUCGUAGCAAAGUGAGAUGUUGUAAAUAAACGCUGCCCGUUGAGCUUUUCUGAACUUUGUAAUGUGUUUCGGAACUGUACAUUAAACAAACACCGACCCUUCAAACUUGUUUUCAAGCUGUAUUAAUAUGAUUAUUAUGACAUGAAGAGAGAGGAAUGUUGAUUCAACUUAUAAAAUGUUCUUAAACUGA